AUGGAUGGAACAAAGGUAAAAGCCAUCAGAGAAUGGACAACACCCCGAAGUGUUAAAGACCUACAGUCAUUUUUAAGGCUGACCAAUUAUUACAGAAGAUUCAUAAAAGGGUUCUCUUGA